AUGUUAGGUAUGUAUAUUAUAGAAAGAUUUUAUAUGAAUAUUUUGACAAUGGCUAAUGCUUAUAUUUAUCAUUUAUUACAAAUUCAAUAUUUUCAUUUAUUUUUCAUUUUUUUCUGUCUAUUUUUAUUUGAAUAUACAUCAUCAUUACCAUCAUCAAAUAUUCUUGAUAUUUGUCAAAGUGGUAUACGUGAAGAUCAAACAAAUUAUGUUCAUUGUGCACGAAAAAGUCUUUAUUCAAUACCACGUUUUUCUAAUCGAACAUUUAAUUUAGCAUUUGAUGAACUGAUACUAUCAGAUAAUUUUAUUUCACACAUAAAUGCCAAUGAUUUUAAUGGUUUAAGAGUAAAACGUUUAAUUAUGAGUGGAAAUAAAUUACAAUCAAUGGAUUCACAAGCAUUUCGUGAAUUAACAAAUUAUUUAGAACAAACUGUACUCGAAUUUGAUUCAGCUAUUGUUGAUACAAUACCUAUAGCAAUAAAAACAAAUUUACAAAAUAUACGAUCAUUAAAAUUAAUUGGACUUAAUUUGCAGACAUUAACAUCUGGAAAUUUUGAUUUAAUGAAAAAAUUAGAACAUUUAUCAUUAACACAUUGUAAUAUUCACAUAAUUGAUCAUGAUGCAUUUCAACCAUUAGAGCCAAUUUUAAAACAUUUACAAUUAGAUUAUAAUCAAUUGACUGAAAUGAAUUUAAAUCCAUUGCAACAAUUAGAAAUCUUGACAAUAACUCAAAAUCAAAUAAAAUACAUUGACAAUGAUAAUUUACCAAAACAAUUAAAACGUUUAGAUUUAUCGUAUAAUGGUUUAACUGAUAUACAAAUUGAAUUAUCUCAAUUAGAAUAUUUAAAUGUACAAAAUAAUCAAUUGACACAACAACAUCUUGAAUUUAUUCACUCACUAACCAAUAUUAAAGAACUUAUUUUAGAUUUUAAUUCAAUUCAAACAUUAAAUGAUGAAACAUUUUCGUCAACAAAAUGUUGUCAACAAUUAGAAUUAUUAUCAUUACAAGGAAAUGAUUUUGAUUUUAAUAGAAAUGAUCAAGGAGAAACGAAUCUUCUAUUUUCUAAUUUGAAACAAUUACAACGACUAAAUUUAGCUAGAAAUACAAUCAAAAUAAUUCCAACAGGUCUAUUCAAUUUUACACGAACAUUACAAAGUUUAAAUCUUGAUCGUAAUCCAUCACUUAAAUUAUCUUCAACUACAUUUUAUGGCCUUGAAUCAUCAUUAAUCAAUAUCAGUCUUCAAGCAUGUAAUUUACGAUCAAAUAGUUUAUCAUCAUUGAAAAUAUUAAAAAAUUUAGAACGUAUUAAAUUAAGCUCAAAUGAUAUUGACUAUAUACCUGAUGAUUUAUUUAUAUCAUUAAUAAAUUUAACAUUAGUUGAUUUACAACGAAAUCAAUUAGAAAUGGUACCAAUAUUUAAUGAUCAAAAUCGAAUUAAAGAAUUAGAAUUAAGUGGAAAUAAAUUAAAAACAUUUAAUGAACAAACUUUAAAACAAUUGAAACAAUUAGUAACACUUGAUCUCAGUUCAAAUCCAUUGGAAUGUGAUUGUCAAUUAAAAUCAUUAUAUAAAUGGUUAAAAGAUAAAUUUCAACCAGAAUUAAUUCAAUAUUUACAAUGGACAUGUUCAAAUGGAAAACAAUUAUCAACAUUAAAUAUUGACCAUUUUAUAUGUAAUUCGGUUGCUGCUACUGAAACAACAACAACCAUUACAACUACAAAAUUCAAAGAAAUUUUAUCAACAGCUGAAGCAUUAGUAAGAGACAAUAUGGAAUCAAUAACGACGACAACAAAAACAACUACAACAACUGUGGUAACUGAUAUGAUUACUGAUUUAAAUGUGUGGAUUAAAGAUAAUAAUUCAGCUAUUAUUGAAUGGAAUACAUCGUCGACAGCAUUAUCGCGUGCUCUUUCAUUACGUUUACUUGUUAUUGAAAAUGGUUAUCCAUUACCGUCUCUGAAUUUAAAUAUUAGUCAAAGAUAUUUUCUAUUAGAAAAAUUAAAAUCACAAACUCAAUACACCAUAUGUUUAACAAUAUUAAAUUCACAAAAAUAUUGUCGUGAUUUAAUCACCGAUUCAACAACAACUUCUACAUCUUUAGCUAAAUCAGUUUUUAUAUCAAAAACUUUGACGACAACUUUAACAUCAACAGAUCUUCAAUAUUUAAUAUUAGGCACUGUACUAGGCGCAAUUAGCGUUCUACUCAUUCUAAUUGUUAUCAUUAUUGUUCUUGUUCGAAAACAACGACUUAAAAAGCAUAAAUCAUCUAAAACAACGUCGAUUGAAUCGUAUUAUAAUGCUGGUGGAUCUGACAUAUCAGCAUUAUCGUUAGAACAACAGCCAACUCUAAAAUGUCUAUCACCACCGCCAUCUCUAUUGACACCAUUCUAUUACUUUCUACCAUCAGAAUGUCCACAUAGUUGUGCAUCUUCUUCAAUAAACGGUGUGAGAGGAGGAUGUUUGCAACAUUCAGAAACAAAUUCAACCGAUUUAAGUAAUAAUAAUCCUCCAGCGUAUCACAUUUACCAUGAGAUACCAUUUUCUGACCCAGAUAUAUCGACACUUCGACGUCAGAAUAUAUUCGGAGACACAUGUUUAAUUGAACAACAACGAUUAAGGCAUAAACCAAUUAUUAUUUAG